UUAUACAACAACUACUUGAAUCUGUUUAUCUUCAUAUAGUAUCUUUCCAAUAUCACCCACAAACACAUUCAGAAAGAUGGAUCAAGGGUACAAGCAUUUCAGUCACUUGCACAAUCUAGUCAUGCACCAAAUACCAGAAGGCACCGAAGUCUCGUGCUCCGGUUGCCAUUCUUCUGCCAAUGGAACCGUAUACGUUUGCUGGCAGUGCAACUUCUUCCUGCACGAUCAAUGCUACCGAGCCACUCGGUCCCUGAAACACCCGUCACACCCUCUUCAUUCCCUCACUUUGGUUCCUUACCCAACCUACCCCUCUAAUUCCUUUUACUGCGAUUCCUGUCGAAUCAAGGGAACCGGCUUCUCCUAUUCAUGCGCUGACUGCGAAUUCGACCUUCAUGUCCAAUGCGCGUAUUCCAUUUCCGGAGCUACAAGUUGGAAUGGAGUGCACAAUUCCAACAUGGCUAAUAAUGUCCCCUUUGUUUCUGUUCCUGAUAGUCAUUCAAUUCCAUUCACCCAUGCCCACAAUAUUCAUUCUAAUCUUAAUGAUCAUGCUUAUGUUAAUUCCAUUCCACCUAGCUACCCGAGUUCAAUUCCUACUACCCAAAACCCACCCAUUUCACAUGUGAAAUAUCAUUCAAAUCCUCAUGAUCAUACUUAUGUUAAUUCCAUUCCGCCUGGCCGCCAGAAUUCAAUUCCUACGGCCCCAAAUCCAUCCAUUUCUACACCCACAAGCUCAAUAAUCCAUUUCAGCCACCCCCACAAUUUAUCUAUAGUAAAUUUAAAUAAAGAAAAUAAGGUUGUUUGCUCUGGAUGUGAAGAUAAUCUAAUUGGCAAGGGCUUUUCAUGUUCGGAACCAAAUUGCAACUUUCAUCUUCAUGAACCAUGCUUUCAUUUGAAAAAUGAAAUCCAGCACAAGUCACACCCGGGACACCCUCUAAAGCUCCUCCCAUUCUCGCCUUACAAUAAUAAAAACCGCGAAUUUGCUUGUAGUGCAUGUUUUGGUAACGGUAGAGGUUUUACCUAUCACUGUUCUGUUUGUGAAUUUGAUCUGCACGUUCAAUGUGUAAGCUUGCCUGAAACAGUGAAACGGGCCGAUCAUGAGCAUGCGCUUAAAUUGUUCUACUCGUGUCCGGUGAAAGGUGAAGAGUUUACGGUUUCAUGUGAUGUUUGUCAAGGAGCUAUCCAAAAGGAUCGUUGGGCGUACUACUGUGAGUCUUGCGAUUUCGAAACGCAUUUGGGUUGUGUGAAGGGUGAAAAACGCCAAAGGGAUAGCGUUAUGGAUACUCAAGUGCAGCUCCAGAGGCUUCAGCUGGAAAUGCAAAUGAAUCAACAGCUUGCUCAGAUGAUAGCUGGUAUGGGUGCGAGCAUCGCUAGCUUGGCGCCAUGAGAGUUCUACAGCAUGGAGGAAUCUAUUUAGGAAGCUUACGUGACAAUGGUGUCAUAGUUAUUUACAUGUGAACAAAUCUAUAAGUAUGGUCUGUUUUUCUUGGCUUGACUAUAUUUCAGUUAUUGUUAUCGCAGUUUUUGUAGUUUGGAGUGUUCCUAGAUAUGCCUCUAAAUGGUGUAAGUUAACUAUCAAAAUCUUAAUCGGAUAAUUCAGAGAGCUCAAGAAUGAA